AUGAAGUCCAACGGCCUCUUUUCUCUUGUGGUGCUUCUUGCCUUGGGAAUUCUGGCAUCUGGGACUGUGGAAGGUGGUGACCAGAUGCCUUUGAAGGCUGGACUCUGCCCUUCUAGACCCAUGGCCAAGUGCUUUAGAUAUCAGAUACCAGAGUGUAAAAGUGACUGGCAGUGUCCAGGACAUCAGAAAUGCUGUCCUGAUACUUGUGUCAUCAAAUGCCUGGAUCCUGUUGCCGCCCAGGCGUCAGAUAAUAAGCCAGGGAAGUGCCCGGUGGUCAGAGGCCAAUGUAUGAUGCUGAAUCCCCCCAAUUACUGUGAGAAGGACAGUCAGUGCCAGGAUGACUUCAAGUGCUGCAUGGGCAUGUGUGGGAAAAUCUGUGUGGCCCCCGUGAAAGCAUAA